UGAUAUUGCUUCGAGACUUGGAGGGUGUUUGUCGGUGUAUUUACUCCGUAUAUUAGUUAGUUACAGUGUUUAAAGUUUCUAACUCCCAUCUUCCUCCAUGUGCUGUUCAAUUUCCUGCAUAGCUUGAUUUCAACCCCCACCAUGUUGUCGCAACUCUCGUCCCUCAUACCCUCAUUCAGACAAUUCUCGCAACCACCAGCUGAACACACCGUCAGGGUCCCCGUCACCGAAACCCAUAAUGUAGAAACGGCACAGGAGAAGGCCGCAAGGGCUUUGAAACAUCUAAUCAAACUGAAUCAUGCGAACUUUUCUAUAUUGUAUAAUGGGCUUCUGUUUUAUAAUCACAUGCCACAUCUGCUCUCGACAGCAUAUUUGCUUGGCGGGGAUUCUGAGCAUUUAAAUCGGCUGUAUGAGUCUGAAUCGAAAGAGCUGGAGCAAUGGGUUGAUUCUCCAGGCGAGAUCGGAGACAUUGAUUGGCGAGAAUUUUUGGGAAAAAGAGAGUACCAACGUGCAUAUUUAGACUUUUUCGAGGAUGAAGUUGUGCGCUGUGGGUAUGACUGGAAAAAGGUGGCCCAGGAGUACCUCUGCGCAGAUAAAAUGCCUCUGGUUAAUUCUUUGAUAUCUGGUUUUGGGCACCCGCUUAUUCAUUUGGGCUAUGCGUAUGAAAUGGAUAAUCGAGAGGUAGCGAUGGAAGCCUUAGCAAUGGCUGCAUCGUGUUAUGGUGACAUCCAUAAAUAUCUGGAUAACCCAUCAUACCUACGCUCUGCAUCAUCUUACAAGACAACCUCUCUCUUAGAGAUCAUUAACAGGGUACAGAAUGACAAGGCAUUUGAUGGUCUCUUCGAGACCACAGCAGUGGCCAAUUUCGACGUUCUUUUCAAAUCCAGUGAAGCUCCGCUCCUAAAUCACUGGGCCGCCUGGGACGUUGCCGAUGCCACCGAACAAUUCGAGGCCAUCCAGCGUUUUGCAACUGCAUUACUCGUGAAUAGUGGUGCAAAACCUCACAAUUUCUUCUUCGUUCACCUUUUAACCACCACCCAUGCUCUUCGUAUCAUUUUCCCCUCGAUCCCCGCCCAGUAUCAUGUGAACUUGCUUCGGCAAUGGUGGCUGCUUGCGUUGGGGCUAUACAUAGCCGAACUCCGGCCUCAGUUUAACGCUUCAAGCAUAAACGCGAUCAAAGAUUAUGACCUUGAAGGAAGGGACUGGAAUUGGGUUAGUCAACAUGCAUUGCACCACAAGAUGUCUACAUCAGCUCAUUAUAUCAAACCUCUACGAACAAUGAGGGAGGCGGAGAAGACUUGGGCAGAUCGUGAAUUUUUUUAUUUACGAGCAGCGCUGAAAUUUAUUGAUGAAUUUCAAGGAUGGGGUGGUCUAUGAAGCAGAGCUAUGGUGGGCUAUUCGGAGUUUGAGGCGAUUACCAGCUUGUACGCCGUCGUCGUCGUCAAAUCACUAGGCAUACGGAGGACCCUGUGCUUACAAUCUUCCAAAUUACCAUCAUAGAUGAGAAUGAAUGGCCCAAACUCAAACCUCCCUCGAUUCCUCCAUCUCCAUCUCCAUAUAUUUAGAUUUACCUAGAUUUUUGCAUUUCUUUGUAUGUGCAGAGUAUACUUUGUACAGAGUUACUCUGUAUGAAAUUCGUGUAGUUACAACCCGACACUGAUUUCCCUAUGGUACCAAACCUUGAAA